GUUUAUUUUUAGGGGUGGAGGGAGUGACACAAGACUUUGAAAAGAGUAAAAAGAGGAGAGGGGGAAGAGAUUGGAGGGAAAGGGAAAAUAUAUCGCGCGCAGGUGAUGCGAAAACAGCGCUCUCUCUUUCAUCACCAUAUCGAAUUUUGGUCACUCACAAUCAACAUCUAAACCCAUUAGCGGCGGAGAGUCCAUAUCGGAACCACAUACCCACCACUACCACCGACUUACCUUCUCUCUUUCAAAAAAACUCUCUCACUUCCAAAACCCUAGAUUCUUUCAUACGCCAAAUUGCUUCAUCUCAAGAUCUGUUUCUCUUAUUCAACGAGAGUUAUCGUCAAAUAGCAUAAUAUCAAACAUGGCAAAUCACAAGAGUAAUGAAGUGGUCAAUGGAACUCCAACUCAAGGAGAUGUAAGCAAGGAAUCAGGUCAGAAGAAAGGGCAAACAAGAAAAAAAGAAAAAAUCGGUACUCACACUCCAAGGGUAUUAAGGACAAGAUCGCAAGAGAAACCUAAAGCUCCUGAAUCAGUAGAUCCUUCUCCACAAGAUCAAACAAGCACAGAAAAGAAGAGAAAGAAGAUAAAGAAGAUAAAAAAGGAUCAAAAUGACGAAUUCUCAAAAAUAAGAGCACAUUUAAGAUAUUUACUACAGAAAAUGAGCUAUGAACAACUCUUCAUUGAUGCUUAUGUUGGCGAAGGGUGGAAAGGCCAAAGUUUAGAGAAAAUAAGACCAGAGAAGGAGCUUCAACGUGCUAAAUCAGAUAUUAAUCGUUUCAAAUUGAGAAUAAGAGAUCUUUUUCAAAAGAUUGAUAAAUCAUGUGAAGAAGGAAGGUUUCCAGAUACUUUAUAUGAUUCUGAUGGGCUAAUCGACAGUGAAGAUAUAUUUUGUGCAAAAUGUGCACAAACAGAAGUGAAACUUGACAAUGAUAUUAUUCUUUGUGAUGGAUUUUGUGAUCGUGGAUUUCAUCAAUUUUGCUUGGAUCCACCUUUAUUGAAAGAACAAGUUCCUCCUGGUGAUGAAGGGUGGCUUUGCCCUGCUUGUGAUUGCAAGGUUGACUGUGUUGACUUGUUAAAUGAUUCCAUGGGGACAGAUUUGUCCAUCAAUGAUACCUGGGAGAAGGUCUUCCCUGAAACUGCAGUAUCUGGGGAUAACUUAAAUGACAUUUCAGGGCUUCCCUCUGAUGAUUCUGAAGAUGACGAUUAUAACCCUGAUGCUCCACAGGUAGCAGAAGACGAGGUGGAUGUAGAGGAUCCAAGCUCUGAUGAGUCUGAUGACUCUGAUUUCUCUUCUGCAUCUGAGGAUUUGGGAGCUAUAGCAAAUAAUAAUAACAAUAAUAAUAAUAAUGAAGAACAGUAUUUAGGGCUUCCUUCUGAUGAUUCAGAAGAUGAUGAUUUUAAUCCUGAUAAAGCAGAUUCAGAUGAUGAUGAUGAUGAUGAUCAUAAGGCCAAAAGUUCUGGAUCAGAUUUUACAUCUGAUUCAGAGGAUCUUGGUGACAUCAGUAAGAAUGAAGUGACAUCAGCUGAAGUUGUUAAAGAGUCUGUAGUAUCUGAAAAAGAUGAAGAAAUCUUGAAAACAGAUAUGGAAAAUGACGAUUCUGCCCCUAUAACUGCAAGGAGACAUGUUCAGAGAUUGGACUACAAAAAGCUGCAUGAUGAGGCAUAUGGGAAUGUUUCAUCGGAUUCAAGCGAUGAGGAUUUUUCUGAUUCUGAAGGGCCAAAGAGACGGAAGAAUACUAAAGAGGCAAAGGGUGAAGACUUGAAUAAAAAACAGAAAGAAAGCGACUCUACUACCCCUGUAAGAAAAAAUGGUAAGAAGGUAGAUGUUGAGGGCAAAAAUGGUACUUCAGCACGUAAGGGUUCUUCUGCAGCUGGUUCUGGUGAUAAAAGUGGUGCUAAAUCAUCAAAUAAAAAACUUGGGGAAGCUGUUACUAAGAGACUCUAUGAAAUAUUCAAGGAAAACAAAUACCCUAACCGAAAUAUCAAAGAAAAUCUAAUGAAAGAAUUGAAUCUCACUCUGAAUCAGGUCAGCAAGUGGUUUGAAAAUGCUCGUAGGAGUUCUAAGCACCCUGAACAGCACAAAAGUGGAGUAAGUACCCCAACCCCGGGCCCCACACCAGAAAAGUCAACAGCCAAGCAAGUGAAUCUGAAAAAGUCAACAACCAAGCAAGAGAAUGUGGAAAAGUCAACAACCAAGCAAGAGAAUGGAGAAAAGUCAACAGCCAAGCAAGAGAAUGGGGAGAAGUCAACAACCAAGCAAGAGAAUGGGGAAAAGUCAACGCCCAUAAAAUCUAGUAAGAGAAAAGCAAAGGGGGAUAAUGAGGACAUGAAUUUGAAAGAUGCUAAUUCAUCUCCACUGGAUUUAUCGAGUCAAAGUGCUCGGAGAAGUGGUAGGGUUCGUGCUAAAAGAGUGUGAUUAAUAUAAAAUGUGAAAUUUAAUCACAUUUUAUGAAAUAUUGAUUUAAUGUGAUGGUGGAUUUUAAGGCCUAAUUUGGUGUUGUUUUCGUGGUUGUUGUAGCGGUUUUUGUAAGAACUUAUGUGAUGACAAAGAAAGUUGGACAUUUUUUUGUUGAGAUACAAAUUUGCGGAUUAAUGAAUUUAUUCGAUGUAUCUUUACUA